AUGGGCUUGUUAUCAAAUGGUGAACCACUGAAUCACUCGGAGACCAAGAAAUAUGCGGAACACGUGCGCCGACACGGAAUCAAACAAUUCAUUCACAUCUAUAACCACAAUAAACACCGAAUCGACCGGUGCUUCAAAUGGGGCGAUGAGAUCGAGUACGUGAUCGUCAGGUUUGACCACAAGAACAAAAGG